AUGAAGGACUUAGGGGAGUUAAAAUACUUCUUUGGAAUAGAGUUUGUAAGGUCAUCACAGGGCCUUCUAUUGCAUCAAAGAAAAUAUACAUUAGAACUUAUUUCUGAACUUGUCUUAGGUGCUGCAAAGCCUGCUGCUACACCUCUUGAAUUAAAUGUGAAGCUCACUACUCAGGGGUAUAAUGAACAUACAAGCACAAUCAAUAACUUGGAUGAUGCAUUGUUAUCAGAUGCUACUAGGUACCAAAGAUUAUUGGGCAAACUCCUAUAUUUGACAGUAAUAAGGCCAGAUAUUGUAUUUAGUGUUCAAACACUCAGCCAGUUUAUGCAAAAGCCUAAGAAAUCUCAUAUGGAGGCAACCCUUAGGGUGAUCAUAUAUGUUAAGAAUCAUCCUGGGCAAGGAGUGCUCUUAUCAAGUCAAAAGAAAGGUGUAAUCUCAGGCUUCUGUGAUGCUGAUUGGGAAGCAUGCCCUUUGACUAGGAAGUCUGUGACUGGUUUUUUCAUUAAGUAUGGAGAUUCACUGAUAUUAUGUAAAUCAAAGGGCAAAGUACAAUUUGUAGAAGCUCUGCAGAAUCAGAGUAUAGAAGCAUUGCCACGACACUAG